UUAUCGAUACGCGACGAUCUUUCAAACGUUCAUCUCGAUCGUUUCGCGUCGUCGAUCCCGCGGUGGAUCUCGAUGGAAGAGCGAACGUUUCGUCGGACAUGGAUCCAGUUCGCGAUAUUAGUUUCCCACGGGACGCGGUUUUAUCGAAUCUUUAACCGCGUUAGGCGAACGAAGGACACCGGAAUAUAAUUAUAAUGUCCAAGUAAAUACUUCGGGGUGUAACAAUAAGUGAACCGUCUGCAGAGCAUGCGCCAUAUCGGCUUUUACGCGAGGUAACUCGGUGGUGAGUUCAUCGGGGGGUGUUGGAUCUCGCAGAACUUGUUGUACGCCUUGACGCGACGCUUUCAGCGCAAGUGACUACAAAUGAUCGCGAUAGAACGCGCGUGAUAAAGAUAUUUAAUGACAACGGCGAAGUCUUCGAACGUGGUGCAUCUUGGACGGUGGUUUUUAAAACGCGUUGCAAUUUUCUGUAACGCAUAGUUUCGGUAUUCGCUAUGUUGACGGGAAUUCUGAAAGGAACGCUUUUGUCCUGCGUGAACGGAAACUCUACGUGGAACGGCGUCGUCGACGGGAACGAAAACGUUCUCCAGGUGGCUACGCCUUCGCUGAGAAUUAUUUACAGAAUAGUGGUCCCGACAGUCGUCGCCAGCGGUAUAUUCGGCAACAUCUUGGUGCUCGCGGUGCUGUCGACGCCAGCGUUCCGUGGAAUAGCGUAUUUGUAUCUCAGAGGACUCGCACUGGCUCACAUCGGGGUCCUGGUGUCUUGGAUACCGAUACUUGUCAGACUGGGCCACGGGAUGAAGAACAACUAUCCAUCUGUAUUCUAUCACGCCCAUUUGGAACUAGUCGCUGUUAAUACCUUCUCCACUGCGAGCGUUUUGAUAAUGGCCUGCUUAAUCGUGGAUCGAUACAUCUUCAUCUUUUUCCCAGCUCGUAUCCGCGGCAGGAACGCGCGCAAAAACGUUCGCUCUUCCAUUCUGUGCUCGUUCAUUCUCGGUUUCGCGGUAACCGCCCCGCUGACUGGAAUGAGAAUGGUACACGAGCAGCAAGGUAGCACAGGUGUUCUCUUCGUGUUGCGCGAGAAUACUUCUGUUACGGGAAACGGGCUCUGGCACGGUUACAUCUGGAUCAUGGAGAUCGUGACGCGCCUCUGUCCGACGAUGAUCCUUCUGCUGUUGAACACAGUCGUUGUCAGAAGGUUUCUCCACUUGAACGCAAAGAAAAAGGAAUUUCAAUUGGUCUCGGAGAAAUAUCGUACAGCGAACGUUCCCGAGGCGUCUUUGCUCACCCGUUGCAACAGAGGGUACAGAGAAGAACAGCACCUAGCUACGCUGAUGUCGGUUAUGGCUGUGUGCUUUAUGGUGACGAUGAUACCAUCGAUCCUUGUUCCAUUAUUGUAUCACAAUUGCGAGACCAGGGAUGUUGGUUACCAUUUAUUUCGAGCGUACGCAGCUGCCGCAGAGCUUUGUAAUUAUGCCGUAUACGUUGUUAUAUAUUUUUCCUGUAGUACAGAAUUUCGGGAAGAGUUCGUCAAGGUGAUCCAGAACAAAUGUGGAAGGGACAUGGAGGAAGAGAUUGAAAGACCGAUCGGAGAAAUCGAAGACUACAGCCGACAUGGCACAACGAUUCGAUUAACACCCGAACAGACGAAAUUAAAUUCUCCUGGUUCUGCCAGUAAAUUGAAUCCCAUGGAAGAAGAUAAGGAAUCGGAAUUAUUAAACGCCUCUGACAUCAUUUGAAUACUGUACGAUUAAGCUGCAAAUAAAACAGUCCACGACAAACGCAAUAGACAAAUAUUUUUUAAUCGUAGUAU